AUGGAGACCAAUCAGAAAGCAGACGGGCUGACAGGGACUCAGCAGGAGGCGGGACUAAAAGCUCUGACCCAAAGAACCGGAUACUCCUUGCGUCAGGAGAAUGGACAGAGACGAUAUGGUGGGCCUCCUCCAAACUGGGAUGGACCUCCUCCAGAACGAGGCUCCGAGAUCUUUGUGGGAAAACUCCCUCGAGAUCUGUUUGAAGACGAGCUGGUUCCCCUGUGUGAGGAGUUCGGUCAGAUCUACGAGGUGAGGAUGAUGAUGGACUUCAACGGUAACAAUCGCGGCUACGCCUUCGUCACCUUCAGCAACCGCCAAGAGGCUCGCACUGCCAUGAGGCACCUCAACAACCACGAGAUCAGACCGGGUCGCCUGCUCGGUGCUUGUCCCAGUGUGGAUAACUGCCGUCUGUUUGUGGGGGGGAUCCCGAAGUCCAAACGUAGAGAUGAGAUCCUCCUGGAGAUGUCAAAGGUCACGGAGGGCGUCAGUGAUGUCAUUGUUUAUCCCAGCGCCAACGACAAAAGUAAAAACAGAGGAUUUGCUUUUGUGGAAUACGAGAGUCACAGAGCAGCUGCUAUGGCCAGGAGGAAACUGCUACCAGGUCGAAUCCAGCUUUGGGGACACGCCAUUGCGGUGGACUGGGCGGAGCCUGAGGUGGAGGUGGAUGAGGAAACCAUGGCAACAGUGAAGAUUCUGUACGUGAGAAACCUGAUGCUGCAGACGACCGAAGAAACGGUGGAGAGAGAGUUCAAUAGUGUUCGCCCAGGGGCUGUGGAGCGAGUGAAGAAAAUCAGAGAUUACGCUUUUGUUCACUUCAGUCAACGAGAAGACGCUCUGAAUGCUAUGAACCAACUGCACGGGAAGGUGAUUGACGGCUCAGCUGUAGAAGUGACUCUGGCCAAACCUGUGGAUAAAGACAGUUAUGUGAGAUACACUCGAGGGACAGGAGGCAGAGGAGCGGCUAUACAGCAGGACUACGCCCCCUAUGCUCUGGGACAGGUUUAUGAGCCCUCCUGGUCAUACCUCGGAGCUCCGGUCUUUUACGCUCCUCAGACUUUUGUUCCCUCACUUCGCUUUAACAAGACACCGGUUUGUGGGCGUGGCCUAAUCCGCACACCGUCAAUCCGAGACGUUUACAUGAGUCUGCCUGUAGGGGCCGCCGGUGUGCGCGGGCUUCCCAGGGGCGGGGCUUACAUCACAGGGGGUGGGGCUUAUCUCACCGGCGGCGGAGUCACCGGACGCACUGGGGGCGGGGUCUUAACCCAGCUUAACCCAGCCCAAAAACUGGACCCUAAACAAAACCAAGAAAAACUCUUUGACCUCCUGCCGGGAAUGGAACUAACACCAAUGAAAGCCACCAAGACUCCAAUCCAGGUCCUUGAGGACCUCUGUCAGAAGAACCAUUGGGGGUCUCCAGUUUACGAGCUUCACUCGGCGCUGGGUCCAGACCAGCGACAGCUGUUCCUCUACAAAGUGACUGUCCCUGCACUCGUGACUCAGUUUCCCACUGUACAGCCUGUGACUCCCUCCAAACUGAGCACAUCUGUGGAGGAGGCGAGGCUCCAUGCAGCAGAACACACUCUGAACACUCUGGGUCUGAGCGACAUUUCUGAUCCAGGAUCUGGGACUGGACCAGGUCUUGUACCAGGAACCAUCUCUGGACCAGUGUCCGGGACCAUCAGCCCCGGGGCGCUGGCCUACACAGCGUUUCCUCUGGCGUCACUCAAGCAAACUCUGAACCAAGACCUGACCUUCGCCUACGAGGGCUACCCUACCUAUACCCUGCGACCUACCGCUCUGCUGGGCCCCUGA